AUUCACAAACAGCUACAUGAAAGGUAAUAUUUGAAAAAGCAUAAUAGGUGCACUUUAAAAAUAAUGUUCUAGAAUUUCUACGCGGCCUGCCUGGCGCCAUCUGGUGGUUUGAGAACCACUGGUCUAUUUCUUCCUUCACUGGCUCAAUAAAAACAACACAACAGCCCUGUGUUUCCUCUGAGGAGACCUGUUUGUGUGGAAAAUAAUAAAUCAUAUAGACAUUUACAUGUUAGACAACUUGGUAGAUGAGAUAACAGAGGGCAGUUCACAUACAUAAGCUCCCAAAAUUAUACAAAGGAGUUUGAAAUGAAAGAUCCUCUACAGGCAGUCCAAAAAAUCUCCAUACUCCAAUCUCCAUUUUCCCAAAUAAAAUUUAAGAACGCCUUUGACAAAAGUAGAAAGUAUUGAAAUCAUUCUCAUGGCUGGAUUGGGGAUCGGGGAUCUGUCGCGAGGUUGCGAUGGGACUUUAACAGGAAGCUUGCCAAGCACAUCACACAUAACACUGUCGCUGAACUUAUUAACAAAUUCAAAAGGACUGGAAGUGUUGAGGACCUACCGAGCUGUGGUCAACACCAGCUGAUGUGGUGCUGGUUUACAUAGUACUUUAUAUAUGGAGACUUUUGGGAUGCCCUGUACAUGUGUCCUCUACCAUGUUAGACAGGAUAUUCUAUGCCGUUCUCCAAAUAUUCACCAGAGGAAUGCUGAAAAUAUUUAAACCAGUGUUUUGCAGAAAAAUAGAAGUAAUAUUUAGACAUGUUAUCAAUGUGUUACCUGGCUUUGUUCUAUGAUUACGUGACUCUGUCCCUUUUACAUCCUUGCCUAAAUGAGGGGCAGAAAAAUUACCAGGCUUUGGCAUUCACUGUAAUUUCCCUGUUAUUCUUCAAAUCCUAGCCUUGUCUACAUUAUCUACACUUUUCUUUAUCUGCCAGUCCACAUGAGCUGGCUUUAUUGGAAUUGUAUAUAAUACUGUUUCUUUAAGAAUAAGAGGCACAGCUUCCACUCAGGCUUAAAGAGCUAAGAGCUGUAUACAAAUGGGUGUUUCAUUUCAGCUGAUUUCAUAAUCAGAGGCAGAACACAGGAUGCAAUAACGCCCCUCCUACAGUGAGCAGGAGGGGCUCUUAGAGGGUUAAAAAGAGCCAGAUGGGACAGAAAGAAAAGGAGCAAAUGGAGAAGAGAGAGUGGGAGUAAACACACAGAGCUUAGGCAUGGCUACAUGGAUUCUCGUUGCCUUUCUUGCCGUUGGUGUGUUGUUCCUGUUAUUGAGAGCUUGUGGGUCUAGGACAAGGCGAGCAAAAGAACCUCCACUGGUGAAAGGUUGGCCUUUUUUUGGUGUAAUUCUGGAAUAUGGUAAAAACCCACUGGGCUUUCUGCAAUCAGCUCAACAAAAGAAUGGAGACAUCUUUACAUGCCAGCUUGUGGGGAAGUACUUCACCUUCGUCACAGAUCCUUUCUCCUUCUCCGCAGUGAUGCGCCAGGGGAAAAACCUCGACUUUCACAAAUUCGCCAUGGGUUUCUCUCAGCGGGUGUUUGGUCAUACUGAUUUUACAUCUCCACUGUUAAGUGAAAGUUACCGAGAUGUGCACUCGCUCUUCAGACAAACACUACAAGGUCCACCUCUUCAACAACUAAGCCAGAACAUGCUUGGGAACCUGCAGACUGCUUUCCAGCAGUGCCUGUGCAGUGAGAACCGCUGGAAAGAGGAGGGUUUACAGUGCUUCACCACGCGCAUCAUGUUUGAGGCCGGAUUCGUCACUCUUUUUGGUAAGAAGGCAGGGCUUCUUCAGCCAGAGGGAAUGGGAGCUGUUGGGUCAUGCAUGCAGAAGGUAAAGCGAGAUUUCCUGGCGUUUGACGGGGCUUUUCCUGCACUGGCGGCUGGUGUGCCUAUCGCGCUGUGCAGACGUGCAUGGAGGGCUAGAGAAGCGUUAGCUAAGGGACUACUGCACCGGGAGCUUCAUCACAGGAUGUGCAUCUCGGAUCUGAUUCAGCGCAGGAUGGACGCCUUCGAUCGCAUGCACCUGAACGAGACGGAGAAAGCACGCACACACGUAUGCAUGCUCUGGGCUUCACAGGCCAACACACUGCCCGCCGCCUUUUGGAGUCUCUACUACACACUGAGAAAUCCAGAAGCUUUUGCUGCGGCUCUUAAAGAGGUCGACCUGAUCUUGGCACAGUUACCAAAUGACAAACCAAUCUGCCUGUCCAAAGAGCAACUGGAAUCCAUGACUGUGCUUGAGAGUAUUAUCAAGGAAGCUCUACGUCUAUCAAGUGCUUCCAUUAUGAUCCGAGUUGCAAGUGACGACUUCAUUCUGACACUGGACUCAGGUCAAGAGGCAGCUAUUAGGAAAGGAGAUUACAUUGCUCUCUACCCCCGACUCAUACACCUAGACCCUGACAUCUACCCGAACCCAUUGGAGUUCAAGUAUGACCGAUUCUUGGAUGAGGAAGGUCAAAGGCAGAGCCAAUUCUUCAAAAAUGGCCGACAGCUGAAGCACUACCUUGUGCCAUUUGGUUCUGGUGCCAGCGAGUGUCCGGGUCGUUUCUUCGCCAUGAAUGAAAUAAAGCAAUUUCUCCUGCUGGCGCUGUGGCACUAUGACUUACAACUCAGUGAGCUUCAUGACACACUUUCACCAGACCGUACCCGCGCCGGCCUUGGCAUCCUGCCACCUUCACAAGAUGUAUUGCUUCGAUACAGAGCAAGAGCAGACAGGUACACCGAGAGAGCCGGGGGGGAAAAUGAUGCUGAUGAUGACUAAUAAAAAAAACAUGCCAUGUGUUAAAUCAAAACAAUAUGAAAUAAUCCUAAAAGAGCAUUCAUUCAUAUUUUUUGAUAUACACUUAGUGGCCUGUUUAUUAGGUACACCUACUCUAUGGCUAUGCAUAACAAGCUGCCAGAACUUUGACAAUUGCUUUAGCUCUGUAAUCAAGCACACUGGGAUUGAAAUGAAACAAUGGCUCUGAGGUUAAAGUGAAGAAUAUCCUGUUUAUUUUGAAGGCAUGUUCCUCUCUAUUGGAUAAACCACAGAGGGAUUACAUUAUAUGCAUAUGGACAAAAUAACUACAUUUGAAGUAAGAUUGUCAUACUACUGGGCUGCAAAUCCAUUAACUACUUGCAGCCUACACAUGAACAGAACCAGUAUCCUCCUUGGUGAUGUUUUAGAGGCCUGUACCCGUUUUCUGUUCCUGCUAUGCUUAGGGGCUUUUUGGUAUUCCUUUCACACAGGUUAAUUAUUCUUUCUUCAACUACAGCUCUUGAACUAUAGUACCAAAAUAUGUUGAUGAUUAGGUACAACUAGAGUAGCUAUACUUAAUGAUGUCUACUGAGUGUACAUUGAAUUAAAGUUUGUUUAAUGUAUAAAUGUGUGGAUGCACUUAGAUGUUUGUCAGCUUUCAUAUGCAAAUGUCUUUUUUUCCCUUUUUUUAAAAAAAAAAAUGCUUGCAAUUUAUUGAUUGCGCAUAAAUUCUGUAUCAUCAGUUUGCAAUAUAAAUAUACACCACGUGUGUUUGUAAGACUGAAAAAUGACUGACAGUCUGUAAAGGACUUGAACGAUUGAAGCACUACAUAUCAGUAUGUCUGCCGGUGGAAUGGAAAAGAUAAAAAAAAACAUGUUUUGAAAACCAGAGUUCAUACUUAAAUGGUGCUGUAGUAUUAUUUCUCCUUCCAUUGUCAUCUACAUGUUUUUUUUCUUUUUCUUUUAUUGUGUCCUUAUUUUUCCACCAUGUGAACUAUUGAAUUUAGGUGUGAAAAUAAUAUUGAAUAUUGAUCAUGUCUUUGUGUAUUUGCCAUGAUCGUCAUAUUGAUUAAGUGGAUAUUUGUAUGUCAGAUUUAUUUUGCAAAUACAUUUAAAAUUUAUUCAUACAAAGCAGUAUUUGUGUUUGGCUUACUAGGCACUCAACACCACUUUUUGGAUUAAAGCAUUAGGAGGUAAUAUCAUGGAGACAUCAGAUCAAAGUGGUAAAAAGCAAUCCAUCCAUCCAUCCAUUUUCUAUACCACUUAUCCCAUACAGGGUCGCUUAGAAGCCUGGAGCUUAUCCCAGGGAACUCGGGACACAAGGUGAGGGACACACUGGACAGGGGGCCAGCCCAUCACAGGGCACAAUCACACACACGUUCACACACUAUGGACAAUUUGGAAAUGGCAAUCGGCCUACAACGCAUGUCUUUGGACUGGGGGAGGAAACCGUACAAGUACAGGGAGAACAUGAAAACUCUGCACACAGAGGGAAGAGGUGGGAUUCAAGCCCUCAACCCCGGAGGUGUGAGGCAAAUUUGCUAACUACUAAGCCACCAUUAGUGAAUUUCCUGUUCCUAGUCACCCAGGUGUACUGAAUUUUUUUUUUUUUUUAAUAUUAAUGGGAAUAUACUUAAAAUAUAUUUUUCUCAUAUAAAUUCAUAGGGUGCCAAUAAUUGUUGCAUACCUAUAUUUAACAAAUAUAUUUUUUGUUGGAUAAACCUGUUUGCUUGCAAUUGUUUGAUAUCCCUGAGAGCAGAAUCUUUUUGUGAAUUUUUUUUAACAAAACAUCAAAAGGUUCAACAAUAAAGACAAUUUUUCACAGCCUUAUUUGCUCAUAUUUACCAAGGGUGGCAAUAUUAGUGGAGGCCAUUGUCUGUCACAUAACAAUUAAUGGUUAAGUGAAGUUAACUGGAAAACUGAAUAGUAGUGAAGACUUAAAAUAAUUCUCUGCUGAGUCUCCUAAAUUUGGUACUUCGUUGCAAUUUUAAUAUUAAAGUCUGCUGUAUAAAACAGUAACUUUUUGAGUUCAUAAUAAAAUAAUUAUGUACAGUCACUCUAUUCAUAACCAUAACAGAGUUUCAUAUAGUCUUGUUAUGAAAAUGUUAUGGCAAAUUCAUAAUAUUUUCAUGACGGUGUUGUUGUUCAGGUAGAUAUUACAUCUCCCUUAGAUAUUAGCUACCCCUACUGGCUACCGUUAUCACAGCAUAUCCCAACUACAACAAGAAUAAUGUACACUCACCGUCCACUUUAAUAAGAAAACCUGUACACCUGCUCAUUUACGCAGUU